AUGUUCACUCCUCUCAGAUUCUCGGCCCGAUUGGGGCUACGAUCCGUGCGAUACAACUCGACCGCAACCUCCGGCGCGCCUCCAUUGAUGGCUAAAAUCCGUACAGACUUGAAGACGGCAAUGAGAGCAAAGGAUACUGCAAGAUUGAAUGUCUUGCGCGCGAUUAUUAGCGAGACGAACAAUGCUGCCAAAACGCCGAGUCCUAUUCAGACCGACCUUCAGCUUCUGUCCUUGAUACGGAAGAGAGCUGCUGCCUCAAAAGAAGCUGCGAAACAGUUCGAGGAGGCUGGUCGUGCCGAUCUUAAGGAAAAAGAAGAUGCGCAGGUCGUGGUAUGGGAAGAAUAUGCAGGACAGGUUGAGACGAUGGGCACCGACGAGAUCAGGCAAGCAGUCUCCCAGACUAUCUCUAGUCUGAAGGAAGCAGGCAAGAAGGCCGAUAUUGGAACGGUACUCAAGACGAUUUUUGCGCCUGGGGGUGCUCUGGACGGCAAGCCGGCCGAAAAGGCGGAGGUUGCAAAGAUCGCAAAGGAGACGGUAGCAGCCGCUUAA